AUUUCCCAACUCAGCAUCUUUUAGGUUUGGCAGUGCUUCAGGAGAGCUGUGAGCAGUUAUGGGUUCGGUUCUGCCCGCUGAGGCUCUGGUGCUGAAGUCCAGGUUCAGAUCUCAGCUGUGUGAAAUCAUCACCUCUGACAUACUGCACAGUUUUCUGUACGGCAGGUGGAGAAAUGUGCUUGGUGAACAUCUCUGUGAAGAGAAACAACAUCUGAGUCCAAAAACUGCGUUCACAGCUGAGGUUCUGGCCCAGUCCUUUACUGGAGAGGUCCAGAAGCUGUCGAGUCUGGUGUUGCCCACUGAGGUCAUCAUCGCUCAGAGUUCAGUCCCUGGAGAAGGUCUGGGGAUUUUCUCCAAGACAUGGAUCAAAGCAGGAACCGAGAUGGGGCCGUUCACCGGGAGGGUCAUCCCUCCUGAGCAUGUGGACCUUCAGAAGAACAAUAACCUCAUGUGGGAGGUGUUCAAUGAGAACGGGACCGUCCGGUGUUUUAUUGAUGCCAGUCAGGAGGAACAGCGUAGCUGGAUGACCUACAUUAAAUGUGCUAGAAAUGAACAGGAGCAAAACCUGGAAGUGGUUCAGAUUGGCACCAGCAUCUUUUACAAAGCUUUGGAGACAAUUCCACCAGACCAGGAAUUGUUAGUGUGGUAUGGAAAUUCCCACAACACUUUCCUUGGUAUUCCUGGUGUGCCGGGCACAGAGGAGGAACACCAGAGAAAGAGAAACGACGACUCACACAUGUGUGAUGCUGCACCUUCUUCCCUGACCACCACCACAUCCUCCUCAUCAUCAUCAUCAGCUGCGAGUCGCAUGCGCUGCGUCAUCUGUCACCGUGGCUUCAACUCCCGGAGUAACCUGCGCUCGCACAUGCGCAUCCACACCCUGGACAAACCUUUCGUCUGCCGUUUCUGCAAUCGUCGUUUCAGUCAGUCGUCCACCCUCCGCAACCACGUACGACUUCACACCGGCGAGCGGCCCUACAAGUGUCACGUCUGUCAGAGCGCGUACUCGCAGCUGGCAGGCCUACGGGCUCACCAGAAGAGUGCCAGACACCGACCGACCGGCUCCAAAUCUGAGGCGGGACAGUCUUCGCCUCCACCGACACCGAUGCCGUCCAUUUCUCAUCCUGCAUUGCUCCAUCACAUCCCUACCAUGGUGCUCUGAGAGUACAGAAAGGGAUGAACUUUUACGCAGAGUCUAGUGCACUUUAAACCCCAGAGACACGGCACACUUCAGCUUGUUUUAUGAACCAU